AUGCCCUCCAGUAACCCAGACGCGGUCAACGCAGCGGGUCUCAAGCCCGCAGAAAGCAAGUCUCUUUCGGAGCGCUCUGCGAAGCCGCACGAGGAGCGCAUUGUGCAGUCCAUCAAGGAGCUGUACACUUGCCAGCCGAAGGCAAGCACGUAUGAGAUUUAUACCUCCGAUGCGGUCUUUCAUGAUCCUGUUGGCAUCGCACAAGGAGUUGACUCUAUCCGUGCCCAGUUCGACGCACUUCCGAAGCUCUUUCCCCGGGCAGACAUAAAUAAAUUCCGCAUCCUCUCUGGCCCACCUUCUGGACCUCCAAACACCAUGCUCAUUGAUCAAGAUGUUGCGUACUUCCGUGAUGUCAACGCAUCAUCUUCAUUUAAGACAGUAAAUUCGCUCCUGACCUUGCGAAUGAAUGAUGCGCACAAAGUGAUUAGUCACUCGGAGGAGUGGGACCACAAGCACGAAACGACAUCUGAGGAUGGGUUUAUUGGUAUGCUGAACGAACAGCGCAAAAGGGCGACGGCGGGUCUUACAAACUUCUUCAUGGGUAAAGACGGCGGUGACGGGAAAGAAAGCGGAAAAAUGUAA